CGCCCAGAAAGUCCACAAAUGGUCGGCGUGCUCUUCUUGUGCUUGGGCAACAUCUGCCGCAGCCCCGCGGCCGAAGGCGUCUUCAAGGGGCUGGUCGCGCGCGAUGGAAAGAUGUCGGCGUACGACAUCGACUCGUGCGGCACGGGCGGCGGCGCCUCCAACUGGUACAAGCCCAACGGGUUCUCGUACCACGAAGGCGACAGCGCCGACUCGCGCAUGAAGAAGGAAGCCAAGAAGCGCGGGUACACGCUCAGCAGCAAGUCGCGCCCGCUCACGCCCGAGGACCUGCGUCGCUUUGACCACAUCAUUUGCAUGGACAGCAACAACGUGCGUGCCGUGCACGAAGCCGCGACGUUCUGGGCCCCGAGUACGUUGCGCUCGCCAAGGCCAAGGUCUCCCUCAUGACCCAGUACUGCGUUCGCAACACGUCGGCGACCAAGGUGCCGGAUCCGUGGUACGAAGGUGGUUUUGACACGGUCUUGGACUUGCUCGAAGACGCGUGCGAAGGCCUCUACACAAAGCUCGAGCACAGCUAGAUAUCAUCGACGGCGCCCGUCUUGCUUAGUGUACGGGUACUAACAAUGCCAAGCUCGCGCGCAAUGUCGCCUGCGUAGUACGGCAAUGAACCAUUCUUUGAACGCAA